AUGGCGGACUCCGGACUCGUCGAUCAUUCCCCCCACCAUCCCACCAAGGCCGCCCAACUGAGCACCGCAUCGAAUGUUAUCUUGAUUGAUAACUACGACUCGUUUACUUGGAAUGUCUACCAGUACUUAGUUCUCGAGGGUGCUACAGUCAAUGUGUUUCGUAAUGACCAGAUCACUUUGGAGGAACUGAUCGCCAAAAAGCCCACACAGCUGGUCAUCAGUCCCGGUCCCGGUCACCCCGAGACUGACGCUGGUAUCAGCAGUGCAGCCAUUCAAUACUUCAGCGGCAAGAUUCCCAUUUUCGGUGUAUGCAUGGGUCAGCAAUGUAUUAUUACUUGCUUUGGUGGAAAAGUUGAUGUCACCGGCGAGAUUCUUCAUGGCAAGACAUCCCCGCUUAAACAUGACGGCAAGGGCGCCUAUGAAGGACUACCUGGCUCGCUCGCCGUCACUCGCUAUCACUCUCUAGCUGGUACACAUGCGACAAUUCCCGACUGUCUGGAGGUGUCCUCUUCCGUUCAGUUGGCGGAUGACAGUAACAAGGAUGUCAUCAUGGGCGUGAGACACAAGAAAUUGGCCGUGGAGGGGGUUCAGUUCCACCCCGAAAGUAUCCUCACUGAGUACGGCCGCAUCAUGUUCCGCAAUUUCCUCAAACUUACUGCAGGCACCUGGGAAGGAAACGGGAAACAUUUUGGUGAGCAGAGCAGCACUACCAAGGCCACCGUUCCCUCAAACCCUGCCCCGAAAACGGACAAGAAGUUGUCCAUCCUCGAAAGGAUCUACGACCAUCGGAGAGCCGCUGUCGCCGUGCAAAAGACUAUCCCCUCGCAGCGGCCAGCCGACCUCCAGGCUGCCUACGACCUUAAUCUCGCCCCUCCCCAGGUCCCAUUUCCGGCUCGUCUUAGACAAUCGCCCUACCCACUGUCCCUUAUGGCAGAGAUCAAGCGUGCUUCUCCCUCUAAGGGUAUGAUAGCCGAAAAUGCAUGCGCGCCUGCUCAGGCCAGGCGGUACGCGAAGGCCGGUGCCAGUGUCAUCUCUGUGCUCACAGAGCCUGAAUGGUUCAAAGGCAGCAUUGACGACUUGCGUGCCGUUCGCCAAAGUUUGGAGGGCAUGACGAACAGGCCUGCCAUUCUGCGGAAGGAAUUCGUUUUUGACGAAUACCAGAUCCUAGAGGCCCGUUUGGCCGGUGCCGACACGGUCUUGCUCAUUGUGAAGAUGCUUAGUGUUGAACUCCUCACUCGGUUGUAUCACUACUCCCGUAGCCUUGGCAUGGAGCCUUUGGUUGAAGUGAACACACCCGAAGAGAUGAAGAUUGCGGUCGAUCUUGGAGCCGAGGUUAUCGGUGUCAACAAUAGGGACCUCACAAGCUUCGAGGUUGAUCUCGGCACUACUAGCCGGCUCAUGGAUCAGGUGCCCAGCAGCACCAUCGUGUGUGCUCUCAGUGGGAUCUCCGGGCCUAAGGAUGUGGAGGCUUACAAGAAGGAGGGUGUCAAAGCUAUCCUAGUAGGAGAAGCCCUGAUGCGGGCAGCAGACACGGCUGCUUUCAUUGCUGAGCUUCUUGGAGGCAGCUCACAAACCGUUUCCAGCGAGUCCCGGAGAUCGCCGUUGGUAAAGAUCUGCGGUACUCGAUCUGAAGAAGCUGCACGAGCAGCGAUCGAGGCUGGAGCAGACCUAAUUGGAAUUAUUAUGGUGCAAGGGCGAACGCGAUGCGUCCCUGAUGACGUGGCGCUCCGCAUAUCCCAAGUGGUCAGGUCCACCCCGAAACCUGCUGGUCAAACUCUUCACACAUCUCAAGAACCUCCCGCUGCGACAUCUGUGGAGUACUUUGAUCACUCAGCCAAAAUUCUGCGUCACCCUAGCCGGGCGCUUCUCGUGGGCGUCUUCCAGAACCAACCCCUUGAUUAUAUAUUGAGUCAGCAACAAAAGUUGGGACUUGACGUUGUGCAACUUCACGGAUCUGAGCCGCUUGAAUGGGCCAAAUUGAUCCCAGUGCCUGUCAUCCGCAAGUUUGGACUUGACGAGCCUGCAAUCGCCCGCAGGGCUUACCACGCCCUACCGUUACUGGAUUCUGGCGUUGGGGGAACUGGUGAGUUGCUGGACCAGUCCCGCGUUCAGAAUGUCCUCGAUAAGGACAGUGGUUUGCGCGUUAUUUUGGCGGGUGGUUUAGAUCCUACCAAUGUUGCUGGCAUUGUCCAGAAACUUGGCGAAUCUGGUCGCAAAGUCGUUGGCGUAGAUGUCAGUUCUGGCGUAGAGUCAGACGGCGCUCAGGAUCUUAACAAAAUUCGCGCGUUUGUGCAGGCCGUGAGGGGACUUUAG